AUCACAAAAACAAAACGUUAUUGAAUUCCUUAAUCUAUCGAUUCUGAUCCGACGAUAAGGAAGUCAAAUACUCGACAAUUCUUGUUGUUACAGUUUUAAUUCAAAUAUUUCAACAACGUUGUCUUGCACUCGAUUUUCUUAUCGAUCGAUUUAUUCAGAGUUCUUUUUCCAGGUAUUAACGUAUAUAUAGAGUAGAGGCAUAGAUGCAGCUAGCAUUAGCAAUGGAGAUUAUCACAGGGGCGAAAAUCCGUCUUCGGACCCGGAAAAAUAAGUACCUGACCGCCGGCAGCGACAAGGAAUCCGUCCGGCUUGAGCGCGACGGCUCGGCAAAGCAAGCCGUUUGGACCGUUGAGUUUGUGGACGGCAAGAGUUCGAUUCGGAUCAAAAGCAUUUACGGCAAAUAUCUGACGGCCACGAACGAGCCGUUAAUCCCCAAGGCGAAAGGCCAUAAAGUUCUCCAAACGUUGCCGGAAAGAUUGAAUUCGUCGACGGAAUGGGAGAUGGAAAGCGAUGAUACGUUUGGGAAGGACAAAUUGUUAAGGUUCAAAACGCAUUACGGUCAAUAUUUACGGCCUUACGGAGGGUUACCCCCGUUUCGAAACAAGGUCGGUCACGACGUUCCUUGCCGUACUCAAACGGAGGAUAAGAUUCAGUGGGAAUUGGAGAUAUUGGAGACCGGCGAUCGUUGAUUCUUCCGGCACCGGAAAAGUUUCCGAUGGAACAAACCGAUCGUACGUGUUACUAUAUAACAAUUGUACUUAUUAAUCGACGGG